GUGGUGAGGGACUUAGGUCGGGUGUGCUUGGGAUGCGCUGAGCUGUGCACGCUGCGUGAGAACCUGGACCGCCCUGCGAGCUAACCUGAGAUUACAAGAGCGACAUUUUGCGGUACAGAAGUGACAAUGCAGCUUCCCCAGAAACCUCCCGGAGUAAUGUCAUGCCUGUUUUUAAUCUGGGAAAAGGGGACCCCUAGAUAAGAUCGAGCAAGAUUUAAAAGGUCGACCUGUGCGGGCCAGUGGUGGCGCACGCCUUUAAUCCCAGCACUUGGGAGGCAGAAGCUGGCAGAUUUCUGAGAUCGAGGCCAGUCUGGUCUACAGAGUGAGUUCCAGGACAGCCAGGGCUAUACAGAGAAACCCUGUCUCGAAAAAAAAAGGGGGGGGGGUGUCGACCUUAUAUUUCCUGUAUGUGUUAGCGGAAUGUUUUCAGAGAGAGCCUGGCAUUUUUGUUUGUAGGAAGAUGGGAGUUGAAUACAGAACCCAUUAACAACUGUCUUGUAGAAUAUUUUUUUCCUGUUACCCUUUUUCUUUUCUGUGUUAUUGAUAGAAUCUAGAAUUCUCAAAUUUGAAACAAGCAUUCUACACAGAUUCAUAUCUACUAUGCCCUCAUGAAAUUUUAUUAACAUCAUGACAGGAUCUGUUGUUCCUGGGGUCUGUUUUACCCAUCCCAUCGUGACAGGAUCUGUUGUUAUUCCUGGGGUCCCUUUUACCCAUGAGGCCCGGGCUCCACAGAAUCCUAACUAUGAAGUCAGUUUUGGGAUGGGAGGCCCAUUUUAGUUCUAGGCUGCUUUCCCAUCUCAGCGGGCCCCCAGAGGUGGUGCUGGUCAUCUUCACAAUAGCUACCUGAAUGGUUGGAUCGCUUGCUUGUCACAUCCUUGCCUUGCCCAGUCUUCAUUUUCUUGUUUCUCUCACAGGCAUGUCUAGGCCAUCCUUCAUCGAAUUUACCCCAGCGGCUGACUCCAGUGACCUCUGGAAGGAUGGGCAGCAGCAACCACAGCAGGAGAAAGCAGAGCCUGUCCUGGACGGGGCUGCUGCCCGGGCUUUCUAUGAGGCUCUAAUCGCAGAUGACAGUAGUUCCUCUAAGCCCCAGAGAGCUGAACCUAUGAGGGAGAGGAAGAAGAAGAGAAGAAGAGUGACUAGGGAGCCUGCAGCAGCAGGAGUCCCCAGACAAGGAAGAGCACUUGAGGAUGAAGACAGGAUGGCCCAGUGGAUCCUGCUGGCAGCCCAGAAUGGGGAUCUGACAGAACUCCGGAGGCUGCUAGAACCCCAAGAGGCAGGGGGAGCUGGAGGGAAUAUCAAUGCUCGUGAUGCCUUCUGGUGGACUCCCUUGAUGUGUGCUGCCCGAGCAGGCCAGGGCGCCGCUGUGCGCUAUCUCCUGGGCCGAGGAGCUGCCUGGGUUGGAGUCUGUGACCUGGGAGGCAGAGAUGCUGCCCAGCUGGCUGAAGAAGCAGGCUUCCCUGAGGUAGCCCGUAUGGUCAGAGAGAGUCAUGGAGAGACAAGGAGCCCUGAGAACCAGAACCGAUCUACCCCCUCCUCGUCCCAGUUCUGUGAGGACUGUGGUGCCCACUUUGAAGACUCCAACCACCACACAUCUACUGCUCACCUGCUGUCACUGUCCAGGAGACCCCAGCCCUCCAACCUUCCCCUUGGGGUGCCCACUUCCAGUCCUGGCUUCAGGCUACUGCUGAGAGGUGGCUGGGAACCAGGAAUGGGGCUAGGACCCCGGGGUGAAGGCCGUGCCAACCCUAUCCCCACUAUCCUCAAGAGGGACCAGGAAGGAUUGGGUUAUAGAUCCCCACCCCAACCCCGAGUCACACACUUUGCAGCGCGGGAUACCCGGGCUGUGUCUGGGAGAGAGAGAGUCCCUCGAGUUGCCACACUGAGUCAGAGGGAGAACAGAAGGCAAGAAGAAAAGGGCAGAGCCUGGGAGCGAGAUCUAAGACUGUACAUGAACCUCGAGUUCUGACUGAUAUGGACUGGCCCUGGUCUGUCACUCGCUGGACUUGGGCCUCUGACUUGGACACUUGGACUUCCGAACCCUUAGGCCUUAGCUGUUGGGCUCUGAUUUUAGAGAGAAGGGCGGAGAGUUGGGAGAUAAAUAAACUUCCUUCCUUGUG